AUGAAGCUUCUCUCUGGUGCAACUUUAUUUGGAGCUGUAUUUUGCUUUUGUUCUUUCUUGUCACCCAAGUUAUAUGGUUUUGUGAUCCUUUUCUCAAUUGGCGAGUUGCUUGUUUUUGCAACACAGCUUCUCUCUGGUGCAACUUUAUUUGGAGCUGUAUUUUGCUUUUGUGCUUUCUUGUCACCCAAGUUAUAUGGUUUUGUGAUCCUUUUCUCAAUUGGCGAGUUGCUUGUUUUUGCAACACAGGCUCCUGUGAACUAUGUGUGCCGUCAUUGUGUCAAACCCAGUUUGAGACCACUCUCGAUGGCCAUGUCUACUGUCUCCAUCCUUAUUUUUGGAGAUGUGCCCUCAUCACCACUUGUUGGUGUUCUUCAGGUUUGUGUCGGUUUAAUUCUUUCAUGCAAUUAUCAAUUUGUUCUGACUGCAUUUAUGUCUUAAUUGUUAAAUGUGUUAGAAAGAAAAGAGAAUUAUCUAUUGGGUUAGCCUUAAUCUAUCUUAAAUAGAGAUUAGAGGGGUGAUAUACAGAUU